AUGGAGGAUAAAUAUAAGCCGAUUGUCCAACCCCAGAGAAGAUUGAACCCAUCAAUGCAAGAAGUGGUGCAUAAAGGAGAGUUGAAGCGUAUAUUGGAAAAGACCGUGAAUAUCUCUCGUACAGACUGGGCGAGAAUGUUAGAUGAUGCAUUAUGGGCCUAUAGAACAGCAUUCAAAACACCGAUCAGGAUGUCACCAUACCGGCUCGUUUAUGGAAAAGCAUGCCAUCUACCAGUGGAGCUAGAACACAGAGCCUAUUGGGCGACAAGGAUACUGAACUUUGAUUUACAAGCAGCUGGCGAGAAGAGAAUAUUGCAAAUCAAUGAGAUGGAUGAGUUCCGCAAUGAUGCUUAUGAGAAUGUUCAAAUUUACAAAGAUAAAACUAAGAGAUGGCAUGAGAAGCAUAUUCUAAGUAGGGAAUUCGAAGUUGGGCAAAAAGUUCUAUUAUUUAACUCAAGACUUCGACUCUUUCUAGGAAAGCUGCACUCUCGGUGGUCAGGACCAGCAGAAUUAGGAGGUGAGAUGGGAGGUUGGGUAUUUGGUAGUGGCAUAGAGGGUGUGGUUGGAUCAGAGGAUUCAGUGUUCUGCUCAUUAUGUGGGAAAGGGGUUGGAUGUGUUGCAUGA